AAAAUGGGAGACUGGAACUUUCUUGGUGGGAUUUUGGAGGAGGUGCAUAUCCACUCCACCAUGGUGGGAAAGAUCUGGCUGACCAUCCUCUUCAUCUUUCGCAUGCUGGUGCUUGGAGUGGCAGCAGAGGACGUGUGGAACGAUGAGCAGGCUGACUUCAUCUGCAACACUGAGCAGCCCGGCUGCCGCAACGUUUGCUACGACAAAGCCUUCCCCAUUUCUCUCAUCCGCUACUGGGUACUGCAGGUCAUUUUUGUGUCCUCGCCCUCGCUGGUGUACAUGGGCCAUGCCCUCUACCGCCUCCGUGCUCUGGAGAAAGAGCGCCAGCGUAAAAAAAUUGCACUGAGGCGAGAACUCGAAGCCGUUGACAUGGAGAUGGCAGAGGUAAGGCGCAAAAUUGAACGAGAGCUUCGGCAGAUUGACCAGGGAAAGUUGAACAAAGCUCCACUGAGGGGGUCACUGCUGCGAACCUAUGUGGCUCACAUAGUCACCCGCUCGGCCGUAGAAGUGGGGUUCAUGACCGGACAAUAUCUAAUCUAUGGUUUUCAACUAGAUCCGCUUUACAAAUGUGAGCGGGAACCCUGCCCCAAUGCGGUGGAUUGCUUUGUAUCUCGACCCACUGAGAAGAGUGUCUUCAUGGUGUUCAUGCAAUCCAUAGCUGCCAUCUCACUGUUCCUUAAUAUUUUGGAGAUCAUGCACCUUGGCUACAAGAAACUUAAAAAGGCCAUCUUGAAGUUCUACCCACAGCUGAAGGAUGAUGUAGAUGACAGCUUCUAUCCUAACAAGCUGAAGAAAGACUCUGUGGUGCAUCAGAUGUGCAUUGGCACCUCUACUGGGCGCAAGGCCACCAUUGCAUCUGCCCCCAGCAGAUACAACCUGAUGCUUGAUAGACCGCCUGAUGGACCUGCCUACCCUCCUUUGAUAAACUCAUCCUCUGCUUUCUUGCCUGUUCAGAGUGAUAUCCCGAACAAAGUUGGAUCUGAUCCAACGGAGCACAACAGCAACUCCAACAACACGAGCAGUGACACGCGCUCGCCACCUUGUGACUCUGUCACGCCACCAAAGCAAGAGGAGGUGGAGGAUUCACUCCCCUCACCUACACACAAUAAAAAGCAGGAGCUCAAGACUUCAGACCCAUUAAGCCAUCACAGAGACUCAUCUCACACAUCAUCUGGUGUGGGAAAGAAGCCAUGGAAAGUCAGUGCACCCUGGAAUUGCUCAACAGUUGUAGAAGGUAAUGUUUCAGACUCUGAUUCUUUAGAAGGAGGAAAGACCCCCUGUCCCUAUGCAACUGUGCGGGCACGUACAUCAUUGAGGUCCGACUCCAAAAGGAGUAGACCCGCCACUCCUGAUUCAGUAGAAGAAUCCAGCUCAGAGUCACGGCACAGUCCGCAACGAACGUCACCAAGCCGUCGCACCUCAUUGGCCAGCAGUGCCAGUAGUAGACGUGCAGCUCCUACAGACUUACAGAUAUGA